AUGGCCCUCUGUAGCAAGUGUGACCAGGCGAAAGAGUGCCAUGGUGUGAAUGACAUUGAGGACGCAAAUGCUACGGCGUCAGAAUUCCACUACGAGCCGAUCUUCCAGCCGUCGGAUGCGCACCACGAUGCCACGGAGUACUACAAAAUCCCGGGAGAUUACGUCAAGACGGUGGAGGCGCUUGGCAAGAAGAUACUACAGGUGGACCCCAAGGCGCUCACGCUGCUGGCGGAGCAGGCAUUCGCUGACGUGCACCACUUCUUCCGAAAAGAUCACCUUUCUGGGUGGCGCCGCAUCCUCGAAGACCCCGAGGCGAGCGACAAUGAUCGCUUUGUUGCUCACACGUUGCUGCAGAACGCCUGCGUCGCUGCCGGCCGUGUACUUCCCGCGUGCCAAGACACGGGUACGGCAAUUGUUCUUGGCAAGCGUGGCGAACUCUGCUGGACAGGAGGUGAAGAUGAGAAGUACCUCUCCAAGGGCAUCUGGGACUGCUACAAGAAUCGCAACCUGCGUUACAGCCAGACGGCGGCGCUCGAUAUGUUCAAGGAGGCGAACACUGGCGACAAUCUCCCGGCCCAAAUGGAUCUGAUGGCGGUGCCGGGCAACGAGUAUCACUUCCUUUUCGUCGCUAAGGGUGGUGGCAGCGCGAACAAGGCGUAUCUCUACCAACAGACCAAGGCUCUGCUGAACCCCAAGUCGCUCCGUGCCUUUAUUGAAGAGAAGCUGAAAACGCUCGGCACGGCAGCGUGCCCUCCAUACCACAUUGCCCUUGUCAUUGGUGGCACCAGUGCGGAAAUGACGAUGAAGACGGUGAAGCUCGCCAGCUGCCGCUACUAUGACUCCCUUCCCACAACCGGCAACAAGGCAGGCCGCGCCUUCCGUGACCUUGAGUGGGAAAAGAUUGUAAUGGAAAUCGCCCGCAAUUCCGGUAUUGGUGCACAAUUUGGCGGCAAGUAUUUUGCCCAUCAGGCCCGCGUCAUUCGUCUGCCGCGUCACGGCGCGUCGUGUCCUGUCGGUCUCGGUGUCUCCUGCAGUGCCGACCGACAGAUCCUCGCAAAAAUCACAGCAGAUGGUCUGUUCUUGGAGCAGCUCGUGAAGGACCCUGCUCAGUACUUGCCUGAUGUGCCACUCACCUCCCUGAGCAGCGGGAUGGUGAAAGUGGACCUCAACCAGCCAAUGGCCGAGAUCCGCAAACUGCUCAGUCAGUACCCCGUCACCACCUGCCUUAGCCUCACCGGGACUGUUAUUGUGGCACGUGAUAUUGCCCACGCAAAGAUCAUGGAGCGGCUUAACAACAAGGAACCGCUGCCACAGUACAUGAAGGAUCACCCCGUGUACUACGCUGGACCAGCGAAGACACCGAAGGGCAUGGCGUCCGGCUCCUUUGGGCCCACCACGGCAGGCCGCAUGGACUCCUACGUUGAGCCCUUCAUGGCCGCCGGUGGCAGCUUUAUCACACUCGCGAAGGGUAACCGCUCCAAGGUGGUGACAGACGCGUGCAAAAAGCACGGUGGUUUUUACCUCGGCAGCAUUGGUGGGCCAGCUGCCAUUCUGGCGCAGAACAACAUCAAGAAGGUCGAGGUCGUAGAGUACCCCGAGUUGGGUAUGGAGGCUGUGUGGCGGAUCGAAGUGGUGGACUUCCCGGCAUUUAUUGUUGUGGAUGACAAGGGCAACGACUUCUUCGCUAAACUCCUUUGA